UAUUUUUAUCAUUAGUUUUUUUAUUAUUAUUAUUGUUGUAUAUUUUAUAUGUUGAUAUUCAUUUGUUAUAUAAUUUGUGUCAUUAUUUUAUUAAAUAGCCACUAGGCUAUCACCAUUAAUCAGUGAAAGUAUGUGUGCACAUUUUUUUUUAACUCAACACACAAAUUCAGAAACACAAGUCCUGUGGACCCCGUCAUUUUAGCUUUGUAUGCAGUGUGUAUGCUGCUUUUCUACAAUCUUUGCACAAAAGAAAUGAUCACAUCGCAUCUUCAAAAUGAAUGCACGUUCCCACUGCCUUGAGUUAAGCGUUGAAGGUUUCCAAGUAGAUGAAGCUGUCUCCUGUCUUUUUCAUACUGUACUUCUACAUCGAUCUCUUGGAAAAUUUUGCUUUGCCCCUGAUGGCACAUAUACCAUGGGCACUGUAGGCUUACAAGAUGUUGACUGCGAUUUCAUUGACUUUACAUAUAUAUGUUGUUCAUCGCCACAUUUAGAUCGCAAACUUCGAAAUGACAUUUCAGAGUUUUCUGAAUGUCUCAGGCGUGAUAAUCACACAUUUGGGCAAAUAACAUUGGAGUUUUUUCAAAAAAAAAAAGCCAGGUGGCCAUUUCAAUCUGAGUGUACACCUUGGGAAGUGUGGAACGUGCGUGUUGACUUGUUGAAAAUUUGUAAUGAAACUAAUAGACAAAUAUCUAAAGAAAAAAUAAGUGACUCUUUAAGUGAAAAAAUAAUUUACAUAGCAGAAAUAAUGAAUAGGCAUGAGUACUUGCCAAGUAUACCACCACAGUCUGAAUUGGAUUUAGUGUUUGAUACUUCAUUUGCUGAUAUUCAACCAUACUUAUUUAAGACAAAUUAUCUGACCAGUGGUGCAAGUAGUCCAUCAGUUGGAUCAGCUGUUCAAAAACUCAUACGAGAUACAUUGUCAUUGUCGUAACUAUAAUUUCUAUUAUAAUCGUUAUUUUUCUGUGUCUACCAAUCACCUAUUAGUGGUAACUUAAAAUUAGUACAAAGUAGAGUUUAUACAUAAAAUUAGAAUUGUGAAAUUUAAUAUUAUUAAUAAGAUGAUGUAUUUUUUGGUUUUUAUUAUUUUAAUUUUUGAUGAAUACAUUUUAUUUUUAUUAACAAAUAAAUAAAAACUAUGUUUAAAUUAUACUGAUAAAGAUUAAAAAAAAAAGCAUAAAUAGUUGUUUUAUUUAAAAUAUUUUCUUAUACUGCAAAUUUCUUAUUAUUUUGUUAUUAUUAAUAACAUACCACAAUAUAAUUUGUUUUUUAAUAAUUGAUAUUAUUCACUUAAGUUUUGUCUUCUUUAACUUUCAUAACAAUAUCCAUUUCUUAUUUUCAAUACGAUGCUUGAAAUUUCUUAUAUAUCCACUAACUAACAUUUAUAUGUUAUGACCAAGACUGCGAUUUAAUUUAAUUUAAAUAAUAUAUUGGUAGUCAACACAAAAUAUAUUAGUGAUUGUCUAUCAUUUAAUUAAUGGGUAAUAUUUCAGUAUUUUUUUUGGACAGCUACUUUUAUUUUUAUUCCAUGUGUACAUUUUUGUUCUUGUUAAAUUUGUUUUGUUGUCCAAAAAGUAUAACUGAGUGUCAAUUGUUCAUUUUAUUUGUAUGUUGCAUUAACUGAUAAUUAUCAGCAAUAAUUUUAUGCGCUUUGUCAUAAAAAAAAUGUAACUUGAAAAAUAAUUUAAAAAAUAAUUGUAUGAAUAUUUUAUUAUUUUUUUUUUUGUUUGGAAAUUGGUUAUUUUAUAUAGAAAUGCCUAAUUAUAUAAUUUGUAAGUUUCCAUUUUACUUAAAUAGAUGUAUAUAUUUUUCACCUGUAUAUAAUUUUUUUAAUUGGUGAUAAUUUUUAUUACAUUUAUUGUUUUUCAUUAUUAUUAUCAUAAUUAUAAUAUUAAUGUUGUAUAUUAUGUGAGUAAAAUAUUAAAAUAUUUUACUGUUAAAAAAAUAGGCUUACCAACAAUUCAAAAAUUAUUUUAGAUACAUACAUUUAGUAUGUUAAUUAUAUAUAAAUAUUUUUUUUCAUAAAUGAUCAAUUUGUUUAAUUUUAUGCUAUGAAAUUUCAUUGUAAAUCAAAAAAAAUAUAAAUAUAUACAUUUUUUUGUUUUGUUGUAGAAACUUGAACCACUGUAUCAUAAUUUUCAUAUUGAUUUUGAUGUUUAAUAAAAAAUAUGAUAAUAACUA